AUCCUUUUCGACCCGAGCCGCGUAGGGAUGGCAUCAUCUAAAGUUUCGCGUGACACUCUCUACGAGUGCAUCGAGAAGGCGUUGGACUAUGCCAACAACCAGAAAAAGAGAAAGUUCCUCGAGACCAUCGAACUCCAAGUCGGACUGAAGAACUACGACCCGCAGAAGGACAAGCGUUUCUCCGGCACCGUGAAGCUGAAGAACAUCCCUCGUCCCAAGUUCACUGUCUGCGUUCUCGGAGAUCAGCAGCAUUGCGAUGAGGCCAAGGUGAACAACCUCCCGUGUAUGGAUGCGGAAGCCUUGAAGAAACUCAACAAGAACAAGAAACUUGUCAAGAAACUCGCCAAGAGCUACGAUGCUUUCCUCGCGUCCGAGUCUCUCAUCAAACAGAUCCCACGUCUCUUGGGCCCUGGUCUGAACAAGGCCGGAAAGUUCCCGACGCUUCUGUCUCACAAUGAGUCGAUGACAGCCAAAGCCGAUGAAGUCAAAGCCACCAUCAAGUUCCAAAUGAAGAAGGUGUUAUGUCUCUCGGUCGCCGUCGGAAACGUUGGCAUGUCCCAAGAUGAAUUGGCUUCGAACAUCUCGCUGGCCAUCAACUACUUGGUGUCGCUCCUGAAGAAGAACUGGCAAAACAUCCGUUCUCUCCACAUCAAGAGCACCAUGGGACCACCCCAAACUCUAUACUAAACCUUGCAACGUUUGUUCGGUUUCUGGUGGGUGUCCCCAGGGACUAAUAAAUGAUUUGGUUCCAAAC